GGAAAUGGGCGCUGUUCAAGAUCCUGCGGGUGCUGCUGUAAGCCAAGAAAACAAGGAGGAGACAGAUUCACGAUCCGUGUUUGUUGGCAACGGUCAUUCAUUUUACCUGAAGUUCUCAGUAUUUGCGCUCUGUUAGGCAAUAUUACUUAUUGUGUCGUUAGGAUUGUGUUCAAGCUGUAAAAGAAAAAUAUUCUGUAUGUUUGAAACAAAUUGAAGGAAAAAGUUUCAAAAAGAAUGAAAAGAAGUAUCCCAAAUGUUUACAAAAAAGAAAUAUUCCAAAAAAGAACAAGAUGAAAAAAAAAGAAAAGAAAAACCCUAUGUAUAAAAGGAAACUGAAUGGCAAGAAAAAAAACAAAAAAAAAGAAGGAAAAGGAAUGUGAAGAUUGGGAAAAUGACAAGGGUUGAUGUAGUUCAUUUGGUGCAAAAAAAGUAUGUGAAAGUAUGAACUUAGGUAGGGAUGGAUGGGAAUGUGAAUUAAAGAUGCUUCAACUUCGUUUCGUGAGAGCAUGAUCACAUCUAUGGAGACAGAUCAUUUGCAUGCAAUGUUAGUUGCAGAGCAUUGUUGCUGCUGGGAAUGAUGGUAACUUGUGCUUCAGAAAUGAGGGCUAUUUAACUGACCUUGAUGAGGGUUGAUUAUGCAUGUACACCUGAAGAAGUGCAGCAGCACUUCCAAUCAUGUGGUACUGUCAACAGGGUGACUAUUCUUACAGAUAAAUUUGGCCAUCCGAAGGGCUUUGCAUAUGUCGAGUUCCUCGAAGCUGAAGCUGUUCAGGAGGCACUCCUUUUAAAUGAGUCAGAGUUGCAUGGAAGACAAUUAAAGGUUCAACAAAAGCGGACUAACGUCCCUGGGAUGAAGCAGUAUUUUCCUCAGCGUUACAAUCCUUACAUGGGUUAUCGGUCCCGGAGGCCUUAUGUGCCGCCUUAUUUUUACUCACCAUAUGGAUAUGGGAAGGCACCCCGUUUCCGAAGGUCUAUGCAAUACAUGCCAUACUACUAGGAGGGUUUUGCCCAUAAUUUGAAUAUCAUGUGAAACAAUAUAUAUAGAUGACUUUACCCUGAUUUAGAAUGGAUAGAACUAUGGAUUUGAUUAUCUUCAGCCUUGCCUGUUGCAAUUGCAUAAUGAUCUAAUGUAUGAGAUAUGAUAGAUAGUUCGUCAGGUCAGGAACCUAUUUCUUUACCAUGCUUCUGCUGUAUGAUGUUUUGGAAAUGGGAUUUCAAACUUUUUAGCAGUUUAAAGCCUUAUGGGUAGUAGUUUUGCUGGAA